AGCCUCAGUUGUGGGUCCAACAUCUAAUUGUAAAUGGAUUCAGCUUCUCUGCAAACUGCAGUACCCUCCACACAUGUGCUGUCUCUCCACCAUCAUUCAGCUGGAAUAUGAUUCCCUCUUCAGUCACUGUGACUCAGACAGAGGAGUCUAAGGGAGUUUUAAAAUCAACAGCAAUUCUGAAAAUGAAAGCAUCCAGCACAUACAAUGGCAAAGAAUUAGUCUGCAUUGUUCAGCACAAUGGGGGAAAGAGGGCAAGCAAAGCGAUCACACUUAAUGUUUUAUAUGUUCCACGAAAUGUGAAAAUUAGCAUGGACAAAAUGAACGUGAUUGAGGGCAAUAACAUUUCCUUGACAUGUAACAGCGACAGCAACCCCAAACCAAUCAGUUACCAGUGGUUCGAAAUCCGAGAUGCAAAGACAAUCAGUUUAAAGCACACAGAAAAACACAUAAGCAUAUUGAACAUCAAAAGAAAUUCAAGCCUGUAUUACUGCACUGUACAAAACCAGAUUGGAGUAGCACAGUCCAAACAGCACUUCAUUGAUGUUGAAUAUCAACCUUACAUUCUUCCUGACUCUGACUGUGAGCUCAUUGAGGGAGCUGUCAGCUGCCUUUGCCAGUCAGACUCCAAGCCUCCAGCUUCUAUCAGCUGGAAUGUCAAUGGCAGUUCAGACAUGAAAGCUUUCAACACUUCUUUAGAAGUGAGAGACAACACAGUAUCUGGAAUUCUGAUGGGGAGAGUGGAGGCCCAAGUCAUCAUUUUGUGCUCUGCCACCAAUGAACAUGGAACAACGAUAUAUAGGCUCCCAGUUACUCAAGUACCCAGUGAAUCCUGGAAUGAGGAUAAGGGAUUGCCGAUUGCUGUAACCUGUGUCACUGUUCUCAUCGCGAUAUCUGCAGUAAUUGGAUGGAAGAAGUACUACAGAAAGGUCAGUGGGGAGCCAGUGCCUAUCCCAGCAAGCAACGUGCAUGAGGCACAACACACCCUGAGUGGGACCCCUGUCCAUCACAGGCAGUUUACCAAUGAUGCAGAUGAAAAGCCCCCAACACCCCCACUAAGAAACCCCUCAACCUGUGUGUAUGGUCAAGCUUUGACUCAGAGAGACCAGAUGUGCAAAGCUAACAACCUGAAAGAGGAAACACGGCUUUUGCGGAGGCUUUCAAUCACAGAAGAGGAGCAAUCACAUUACUCCAGGCAUCUUCUGCUGGCUGAUAGGAAAGAGGAGGUGGAGAUGGAGUUCAUGGAAAUCUAUGAAAAUGUUUGA